CCCAGCUGGAGGGCUCUGUGUUUGCAGCCAGUUUUUGUGACUCCAUGGCGGGUUACAAGGCGGCACAGCGCGCUCCACUGCAGCUCAAGGGCAGUGGCACAGCCCUGGGAGCCAGCAAAAGGAAGAAGAAGAAGGCAAAAAAGGCCCAGAUCCUGCUGGAGCAGAUCAUGAGCAGCAAGAAGGAGCAGGAGGAGAAGCGCGGGCUGGACAAGCAGACCCCAGCACAGGCGGCCUUAGAGAAGGUGCAGGAAAAGCGGCAAAGGGAGCGGAUCCUGAAGAAAGCAUCAAAACCCCACAAGCAGCGAGUGGAGGAGUUCAACAGGCACUUGGAUACUCUGACUGAGCACCACGACAUUCCCAAAGUCAGCUGGACUAAAUGACCAGGCUGCUUUUCACGGCUCUGGAGCUGGAGUUGUGUUUUGUUUGUAUCAAGCCAUGUAAAUCUGUCUUUUCUCCAUAUUGUCUAAUAAAUCGUCUGAGCUGUUAUGACUUUAUACUGUCUUAAUUUAUAGACUUGUUUUAUAAAA